AUGAUCUACUCUUCUCUUCUCCAUUUCUUCUGGCUCGGUACUAUUGCUCCUCUCAUUACCUACGCUCCGUACAAGCUCACUAAGAAACAAUACUGGAAAUACGUCAAAUGGCCCCUGAUCUUCACUGGAACAGCCAAUGUCCCUCCAGCAACGGGAAUAAAAUACUCCAGCUGGGCUCUGGUAAACUUCGUCUUCAACUACUUUAUCAAACGCCACUUCUUCGCCUGGUGGACCAAAUACAACUACAUCCUCGCGGCAGCCCUUGACACUGGGCGUCGCCCCCAGCGGGAUCAUCAUCAUCUGCGUCUCGUACCCCGGUGCAGUUCUUCCCAACUGGUGGGGAAACACAGUAUACUUGAGCACAGCCGAUGGCGACGGCGUAUCUUAUAA